AUGAAUUCUUGACAUGACAUUGAUAUAGAAGAUAAAAACAAUGAUGAAAAAGCCAAGGAAAGCGCUCAGUGCCUCAUCAGCUGCUCCCUGAAUAAAGACAGAGCCUUUAUCUUUAAUUCUGACCCUGAACUUCAGGAUAUUGAUUGAGCAAUUGAUGAAGUUGUCUCACUUAGUAGCAAGGCUGAGAAGCAGAUCACAGUCGGUAAUUUUAGCAUUAACCAAGAAAUGCUUAGGAAGUUGUUCUCUGUGUUCAAAGCUAAGACAUGUGUCUCAUUGAGCUCCUGCAACAUUAACUUAUCAUCGACUCCUGACUUUGGCUCUGAACUUGAUGGGUGUACCAUCGAAGAACUCCAGUUCAGCAACAUGGAAGAGGCUAAAUAUGGAGACUGGGCCAAUUCAGAAGCAUUUACAAACUUGAUUAAGGGGCUCGCUAAAAAUGAAGCUUUCAAGACCGUUCUGAAGAAGAUCAGGGUUAGCAAGUGCGGACUUGAUGAAAUAAAAAUUAAGGGAAUACUUGAACAAGAAGGUUUCAGCUCUGUAGAUGUACAAAGUUCAUAGAUUCCAUAUUAGAAAAUCUUACUCAAUAGA